AUGGAUGAUUCAAGAACCGUUUUCUGCGGUAACGUAUCCGACAAAGUCACCGAAGAACUGUUGUACGAGCUUUUCGUGCAGGCCGCACCUUUGGAACGAGUUAAAAUACCCACAGAUAGGGAAGGUAGAAAAUCAAAUUUCGCUUUUGUUACGUUUAAGCACGAGGAAUCCGUUGAAUACGUCCAACGCUUGCUAAACGGAAUCAGGCUUUACGAUAAAUCAUUACUCAUAAAACCCAGGCACAGCAACUCGAACAGAUUAACCGAAGCCCUUCCAUCCAACGAGCACCAGGUAGUGGCUGUAGCCAGUAGAUCUCAGGCCACUUCCAACAGUUUCGCAAAAACUCACGGAAUACCAGUAGCCUACGAAGGUUACAAUGCUUUAGCUACAGAUAAAAAUGUUGCUGUAGUGUACGUGGGGGUUUUGAAUCCCCAGCAUUACGAAGUUGUUAAGCUACUCUUAGAAGCUGGUAAGCAUGUAUUGUGUGAGAAACCUUUUACUUUAAACGAGAAGCAAACGAGGAAAUUGGUUGAUUUGGCCAAAGAGAAGAAAUUGUUCAUAAUGGAAGCUGUGUGGUCUAGAUUCUUUCCCGUUUACCACGAAAUGAGAAGAAUGAUUGAUUCUGGAGUAAUCGGUGAUGUUCGGCAAGUUACAGUUGAUUUCAGUGUACCCAUAAAUGAUGUAGAAAGAGUCAAUAAAAAGGAAUUGGGCGGAGGGGUUAUUCUAGAUUUGGGCGUUUACAUGCUGCAAUUUCAACAAUACGUUUUCAGAGGCCUAACGCCCACGAAAGUGGCUGUAAACGGUAUCCUUAAUAACGAUGGUGUAGAUAAAUGCGCAGCUGCUAUUCUUACUUAUAGUGAUGAUAAAAUGGCCAUCGUUUCUUGUUCGGCUAUCAUAUCAACUCCUUGCGAAGCUAAAGUGUAUGGCACUAAAGGCUCCAUUUCCAUUCCAUAUUUCUGGUGCCCCACAAGUCUAAAACUAAAUGACGAAGUUAAGGAGUUCGCAUUGAUUGAAAAUAAGGGUAAUUUCAACUAUAAGAAUAGCGCAGGGCUGGCUUAUCAAGCUCAAGAAGUAAGGAAGUGCAUUAUGGAAGGGAAAAUUGAGAGCCCUAUUAUUACUCAUAAUGAAACCAUUCAGUUGGCUGGUCUUAUGGAUAAAAUGAGGGCUGAAAUUGGCGUUGUUUACCCUGCUGAUGGUCAAGAUUUUGAUUAA